CGUCUUGUGUGCGGUGUUGUUUGACGCAUUACCUUCGACAAUUCCCCCUCCACUGUCUUUCGUAUGAAGGGUUCGAGCAUUUUGUCAGAAUGUGCCUGGAGACUGAACAUGUUCAAUUGCUUCGGCAGCUCGUCCUGAUGGUAUACUCCUCGUGAGAGAUUGAUGUACGACGAAACGCACUUGGACGUGUCGCUUGGAUCAGUCGGUUCCGCCAACUGGUCCCAAGGUUAUGGGCUCAAACCUGCCGAGUACACCAACAACGGUAUCGGCAGGGUCCGGUCGUAUAAUCUCGUACGGCGACCCAGCAUCCUGUCAGCUGACUGUCUCCGAGUGAGCCUGAUCAUGUUGUUGAUUGAUGCUGAUCGCCACUGGACGUCGUGCACGAUCGCCGAUGCCACUGUGAGCUGUAGACACUUACGAUUGCCUUAUGAGCAGAUGUACCACGUUGGAAUUGCUUUCCCGUACGCGUUGUGGGAACUGGGCUCCGUUCCUUGAUGGAAAGUAGAGUUCAAUACGGGUUGGAAGCGUGGAUGAAGUUUCACGAAGAUGUGAUUGUCGGU